AUGUCGAGUACUUGGACACCCAACAAAGACGAAUGGUCGGGUCAGUCAAGUUUACCUUCCGCUAGCGAUCCUGAGGGUCAGUCACGCGGUUUAGAGUUAGAGGGAGGAUGGAAGAGAGAGGAGGGAGGAGAGAGAGGGGAGGGCGAACGGUGGCGGCGCACCCCCCGCUACUGGGAGGCGCACCACAAGCGGGUGCCGACGCCGAUGAAGAAGCGGCGGCCGCGGAGGCAGCCCGUCCAGAGGCAGGAGUCGGAGGACCCCACCCCGCCGGUGGCCCCAGGAGUGCCUGACCCAUACUACCCGAUAUACCUCCCCAUCGACCAGGCCUUCAAGGCCAAGUACGUUUUCCACCAGAGGAGGGGAAAGACAUUCCAGGAGAGGGUAUACGUCUUCCUCGAGCAUCCAGGCGGAUGGAUCUGCUUUUUCUACCACUUUACUGUGUAA